AUGGAUGAUAUUUUAGAUCUUUUUUCAGAAUACCACUUUCCUAUCCUUAUUUCAUCUUUAGGCCCUCAAAUGAAACAUGCUAUUCGUUCUAUUUGUCAUGAGCUAGAUUCAUCUCCAUCAUUUUUUCGUUUUGACGAAUCUCUUUUACUGAAAAUUAUGAGAACUAAAGUUAAGAAGGUUGCUUCUCAUUUACCCAAAAGUAUUGAAUUUGAAGCUAUAACUAAAAACUUUAUGGAUAAUAUUCAAGGAAAAGAACUAAAUAGCGAAAAAAAACCCAAUGAAUUGAGAAAAAUUAUCCAAUUAGCACGUAUAAAGACAGCAAUGCAAUUAAUUAAUAACUAUUUACCCAUUAAAUAUGCAAAUCUUCUUCUUCAAUCAGAAGAUUUUACUCCUUUAUCUUUAUAUUUACAAAAAUUACAAACUCAUCGAGCUAGCACUCUCUUUAUACAAAACAUCAAUCACUUUACAACUGAUUUCUAUUUGAAAAAAGAUACAGUUCCUAAAGAAAAAAAUAAAAAUAAGAGAAGCUUUGAAAAUGAUAAUACUAGAAUACAGAAAAAAAUGGAUACAAAACAAAUUAAUAAAAUUACUUCUUUCUUUAAAAUACAGAAUAAAAAUUAA